AUUGUACUUCAUGUUAUUGAAGGCUAUAUUUAAAAUUGGGAAAUGGAUAAAGAUUAUGAUGUGUUGUUCAGGAUUAUGGUUUUGGGUGACACAGGAGUUGGCAAGACUUGUUUAUUGCAAAGAUUUUGUGACAAUGAAUUCAGAUAUAGUCAUGUCUGUACGAUUGGAAUAGACUUCAAAAUGAAGACUUUGGUUAUGGAUGGAAUAAGAACAAGGAUACAAAUAUGGGACACUGCUGGACAAGAGCGAUAUCGUAGCAUCACAAGACAAUAUUUUCGAAAAGCACAGGGAAUCAUACUGACAUAUGAUACCACCGAUGAGUCUUCAUUUCUCAGCAUCAGGGAUUGGGCAGAAGACAUCAAAGAAUUUGGAGACAAAGAUGUGAAUAUCAUAUUAGCAGCAAAUAAAAGUGAUCGAGAAGAUAGUCGGCAAGUUUCUAUUGAAGCUGGACAGCAGCUUGCCGAUGAAUUAAAAAUACCCUUCACCGAAGUGAGUGCUUAUACAAGUGAAAAUGUAUCUGAAAUGUUUGCCACAAUAACAAGUUUAAUACUAGCAAGGUACAAGGAUGAAAUAAUCACUUCCAUUCAAGAAAGGAGUCGAAUAUCAUCAUCCGAAUCUGAACAUGAUUUCAGUGAAGAUGAAGGAAUAGUUAAAGACCUUGAUUCAGGAAAAUCAAAUGCCAAUGGGGAAAUUGAAAAACCACCAGAGUACAGUUGCUGUAAUAUAUUGUAAGCGAUUGAAAUGCAAUUACAACCAAGUGUUGUUACCAUAUACAACGAUGGGUUGAAGGUGAAUGUUGGAGAGCUGUUAUUUUGACUUUCAUUGGCUUGUCAUGACUUCUAGUUAAUAUACCCACCAAAGAGCUUUGACUGCACUAAACUGAUGAAUGAAAGAGAAUAUGUGAUUUUUUUGCUUCUUAAAUUCUUGUUAUAUUAUGGAUUUCAUUGUACUUCAAUGAAACAAGUUUUGUUCAGAACAAAUCUGAUGGGGUCAAUACCCAAUGUCAACAAAUUUGCAUAGAAUGUAUAUCUUAUGAAAUUCUUCAAUUUUUAGGUUGUGCUGUACCAGUCUAGGUAUUUUGAUUUUCCAUUAAUGAAGAAAUCGUCCAUCUCUUAUACUAGUAAUUAUUGAGUUUACGGUACUUGAAAUUAUUUACUCUUAUUUUUUAAGAUGAUAGAGCCUGACGACAGAACCUAAACACUUGCCACUGGUUAAAUAAUUCAGUGUUAUUUAUCAAAUUCUUUAUUAUUUGAAAUCUAUGUUAAAUAUAAUUUUUGUGUAAAAAUGCUCAAACCAAGUUCGCAAGCUGCAAUCGAAAGCUUCAAAAUUGCAGAUUGGAUUUGCAAAACCACUGGCAUGCAAUGUACCACAUAUGUGGAUUUAUUGUAAAUUUUUUGACACUAUAUAUACAGAAUGCAAUUACACUUACUAGCCGUUUUUAUUUUUGUACUACAAUGAAAAAAUAAUUUUCCAUGGGAACAAUCUUCAAUUAUUAUGCAGUACUUCAGUGGUGUGUAGCAAUACACCGUUUUCAGUUUUUGUGAAUUUCUGUUUUGCUGUAAUACUUUUUCUCUUUUUUUACUUGAUCAUCUGUGCCAUAGGUUUUUGGUAUUUCAUACUUCUAUGUUAUGUUGCAUUAUUGAUGAGCUUCCUUGUUUCUUCAACAUGUCUUUUGCACAACAUAUCAUGUUGCACCUGUUGUGUUUUGGUUGUACGCAGCGUACUUACAUAUUUUUUUUGCACUUGGCUUCAUAAUAGAAUUAUUGCAAAUUGUGUUUGUUAUCAAGUUUAAUAUAAUUCUUAAUAAUCGAGUACUUUACAUUAUUUUCCAUUCCCAAAAUGAAGAUUAUGAGUUAUUGUUGUAUGAGAAUUAAUCAAGAGUUUUUUUUUCAAUUUAUAAUAUAAUGAAUUGUGUCAGCUGUAUUCGGGCAUUGCUGCAAUAAUUAUCACUUAAAUGAUCUGCCUAAAACAAUUUCACUGGUUGAAUAAUUUGACAAUUCUUUAUUUUGCAUACCUUGUGUAUUUUUUAUUAUUCCUAUUAUAUUUAUAUAUGUAUGUAUAUCCAUGUAGUGUUCCCUUUAUUAAACUGCCACAUAUCAUUGUGUAACCAAAUAUUUUGUAUAUGACAGCCAUCCACCAAUUGAUGGACAUUAUUUUGUUGAGUUUAUGCCAAAUGUUUCCAAUAUGAUUUAUGUAAUAAAUUGGAUAUGCUGUAUCGACACAGAAACAUGUA